UGAAACUAGAAAAAAAAUGCAGUUUGUGUUAACAGGGCCUCCAUGAUAUAAUCUGAUGGUUGAAAUCAGUAGUUUAUUUACUUAGCUUACUUAAAAUUCUUGAUGUUAAGAUUCUGAAUACUAGUUCUGCAGUCACUUUGUUAAUAGGAUUUGAUACAAAAUAACAAAAGCAUUUUUUUCUUGACCGAAGACUGGAACUUCCUUAGCAGGGUUACACAGUGAAUUAACUGCUGCUUGAUAUGGCUCGAAGAUCACAGAGAGUGAAGUUGGAGUACAAAAGGCAGGAAACAAACUUCAGGAAGAAAGAAGAAAUGCAGACGAUGAGUGGAACAAAUAGAAUAACAAACCAGUGCUGUGGGGAGCACAGAGAGAAACUAAAAUUGUUUUGCCAGGAGGAUGAAGCCUUUAUUUGUGACCUGUGUGUUCCCAGACAUUCUAAUCACCAUUUUGUGUUCUUGCAAGAAGCAGUCAGCCUGUAUAAGGACACACUGAAAACAUCUUUAAUGUCUCUGGAGUCUAAAGUUAAAGACUGUAAAUAUUUACGAAGUAAGCAGGAGAAAGAAAUCACAGGCAUACAAGAGGAUGCUUUUAAUUUGGAAGAGUACUUUAAACAAACGUUUGCAAAACUGUACCAGUUUCUCUAUGACAAAGAACAAAAGCUAACCCAACAGCUUAACAGUAACUUGGAGCAUGGACAGCAGAAACCCCUCAGUUUGCUAUCGGUUGAUAUUGCUCUGUGUAUCCAACUGUUUCCUAAUAAAGAAGGACCUAAGCAGUAA